AUGUCUGCAACUUCCCUCCCCGCCACCGUGCCCGCACCGGUCCCCGUCUCCAACGGACCCAACGCUAUCCAGAAGCUGUUCCAGGACAAGGACUGGAAGCUCUACGCUGCCGUCGCCUCGGUCUCGCUCCUUGCCGGUGCCGGCCUCUACUUCCUUACCAGAGACUCUGUUUCCUCCACCACUCCCGAUGCAAAGUCCUCAAAGUCAAAGAAGAAGAAGAACAACAAGAAGAAGAAGUCCUCCGCCGCCAAGGAAUCCACACCCGAGGAAAAGACUGCUGAUAGCUUAGCCUCGGAAAAGACCUCCGAGAACAAGGAUGCCGACGACAAUGUGGAGACCAUGAGCAAGGAGACCAUUGCUGGACUGACCGAGAAGAAACGCUUGGAGCACGCCAACACGUUGAAGACUCGCGGCAACAGCAUGUACUCUGCCAAGAAGUGGGAGGAGGCGAUCCGUCUGUACUCCCAGGCCAUUGCCUUCAACCCCGAUCCCGUCUACUACAGCAACCGUGCUGCCUGCUAUUCGAUCGUCGGAAAGUUCGACAACGUCAUCGAGGACACCACCUUCGCUCUGAAGAUGAACCCCACCUAUGUCAAGGCCCUCGGAAGACGUGCUCACGCUUAUGAGAACACCGGCAAACACCAGGAAGCCAUGCACGACUUCACCGCCCUCUGCAUUUUGGACGGAUUCAAGAACGAGUCCUUUGCCCAGUCGAUGGAGCGCAACUUGAAGAAGGUCGCCGACGUCAAGGCUAAAGAGAUCUUGAAGAACCGCGAGGAGCGCCUUCCCUCGACCACCUUCAUGUCUGCCUACUUGGACUCUUUCAGGAAGGGCGAUGUUCCCGAGAGUAAGCCCGAGGAUGAGGAGACCGGUGAUGCCCAGUUCCAGCUUGCCGAGUACUACCUUGCCCAGAGACGCUACCAGGAGGCAAUGGAGGCCUACAACAAGGCCAUCGAGCUUAACACCACCCACAUGGCCCCGGCCCUCAACAUGCGCGGAACCUUCACCUUCUUGAUGGGCGACGGAAAGAAGGCUUUGGUUGACUUUGACAAGGCCAUUGAGGUCGACCCCAACUAUGUCCAGACUUACAUCAAGCGCGGCAGCAUCUUCAUGGAGCAGGGUGAUGCCAUCAAGACCUUUAACGAGUUUGAGACCGCCAUCUCAAUCGAUUCCGAGGACCCUAACAUCUACUACCAUCGUGGUCAGGUCUUCUUUAUCACUGGCGAGUACGAGGCGGCUGCCAAGGAUUAUAUCAAGUCUAUCGAGCUUGAGCCCAAGUUUGUCUUCUCCCACAUCCAGUAUGGUGUUGCCCAGUACAAGCUUGGAAACAUUUCGGACGCCAUGAACGUUUUCAAGAAGGCAUUGAAGGAUUUCCCAGAGUCGGGCGAUGUCAGCAAUUACUACGGAGAGCUUCUCUUGGAUCAGCAGCAGUUCGACCAGGCCUUUGAGAGCUUCGAUAAGGCUAUUAAGCUCAGACCCUCGAACCCCCUCCCAUAUAUCAAUAAGGCUCUCUUGGUCUUCCAAUGGAAGCAGGACCCCGCCGGCGCCGAGAAGUUGUGCUUGCAGUCCUUGGAUGCCGAUCCCGAGUGCGAUGUUGCGAUUGCCACCCUUGGACAGUUGUUCCUCCAGCAGGGCAAGAUUGAGAAGGCGAUCGAAUACUUUGAAAAGUCGAUUGAGAUGGCCAGGACGGAGGCAGAGUUGACGAGCGCUCUUGGCUUCCGUGAGGCAGCCAACUCUCAGCUCGUCUUUGCACGGGACUACCCCGAGCAGUCCAAGGCACUCAAGCGUUAA